AUGGAGAGUAAAACAUUUUUUCAGUGUGAAGAAUGUGGGGAUUUUUUCGACAGCAUGACCGUUUUCCAAAACCAUGCAUGUGCUCGUGCACGCGUUGAUCACCAAGGGCCCACCGCCCAAGAGCAGUGUGAUGCCAGAGAACCACCCAAAGAUGAAAAAGGUAAUAACUACGGUAAUUCUUGGACAAGAAAUGCAACUUUGCUGCUAAUAGACUUGUAUAAAAAAUACAAGGACCAAAUCCAGAGUGGCAAAAUUAGGAAAAAAGGUUGUGUGGGAAAAAAUAACAAACCAGAUGAGGGAUAUUCGUUCAAUUCUGAACAACUUGCUGGUAGAUGGAAGUCUUUGUUAAGGGCCUACAAAAAUGUAAAAGAUCACAGUAAGAAAUCUGGGAGUGGAAAGAAAACAUACAAAUAUGAAAAUGAGCUGAAUGACAUACUAGGUAAUGAUCCUAUAAUAAACCCCACAUUUACACUCUCAUCUGACGCAUCCAGUUCCGCUGCUGAAAAAAGAAAAUUAGAUGAAAGCGAACACAGUGACGUUGAGACAUCCAGUGAACAAUCAUCAUGUAGUACAUCUGCACCGAAGAAAAAACUCACAAAAGGGGGGACAGAAAGACAGAGAAAUGAAAUGAUGCAGGUUUUUAAAGAAUAUCAAAAAGAAGAGCAAAAAGAAGAAAGAAUUCGGAGAGAGAAACUACAGAGAGAAAAAAUGGGCCUGAUGCGAGAAUUAAUCGAUGUUAUGAAAGAAAGCACAAAGAAAUAA